CACGUGAUCUUGGUUGCCCCUCCCUUGGCAAGAUGGCGGCGCCCAGGUGUCGUGCGCCUGGCCUCUUGAUCCGGGGUUCCUGCCCGCUCUUGAGGAGUCUCUUCACUCUCGUUUCAAAACCACUUCGUUCUAAUGCUGCUGCAUCCAGGCCCUUGGAUGCCCAGGGAUUAGCGGAGAAACUCCGAGCCCAGAAAAGGGAAGAAAAGGAGAAGCCGGUGCCCACAAACCCUGUUCAGCGGAGGGUGCAAGAAUUAGUGCGGUUUACACAGCAGCUGCAGCGAGUUCACCCCAACGUUCUUGCUAAGGCACUGAGCCGAGGGAUUCUCCACCAGGACAAGGACAUUGUGGUCAUCAAUAAGCCCUACGGUCUCCCUGUCCAUGGUGGCCCUGGAGUCAGGCUCUGCAUCAGUGAAGUAUUGCCCAUCCUGGCAAAGGUGCUUCAUGGCCACAAGGCAGAGCCCUUGCACCUGUGCCACCGACUAGACAAGGAAACCACAGGUGUAAUGGUGCUGGCUUGGGAGAAGGAAGUAGCACAUCAAAUCCAAGAGCUGUUUAGAACCCGUCAAGUGGCAAAGAAGUACUGGGCUGUCACUGUGCGUGUCCCCGUGCCGUCGGCAGGAGUUGUGGAUAUCCCCAUCAUUGAGAAGGAGGUGCAGGGGCAGCAGCAGCACCACAAGAUGACAUUAUCUCCGAGCUACCGCAUGGACAGGGGGAAGGUGGUGAGAGUGCGGGCCAGCCAGAAUGCCCGGGUUGCCGUCACGCAGUACCAGGUGCUUAGCAGCACUGUGUCCUCUGCUCUCGUGGAGCUCCAGCCUGUGACUGGAAUAAAACAUCAGCUUCGCGUUCACCUGUCUUUUGGGUUGGACUGUCCAGUCCUUGGUGAUCACAAGUAUUCAGCCUGGAACAAAUUAGCUCCUCAGAAGCUUCCUGCUGGCACCCUGAAGAGGCUGGGGCUGGAGCAGUCAAAGGCCCGGUACAUCCCCCUCCACCUGCAUGCCCGGCAGCUGACCCUGCCUCCCCUGGGGUUCAGGAAGGAGGAACUCCAGUUGGUCUGCAGGCUUCCUCAUUUCUUCGUACACUCCCUGCGCCGCCUGGGUUUAGAGAUGCCAGACCAAGAUGAAAACGGACACAAUGAAACCAGGCCACUGGAAGCACAGUGAAGACUCUUGGACGGUUUGGCCCAUGUUCCUGGAGGUUUCUAAUGCCUCACUUGGAACGGACUCCAGCAGAGCCAGGUGGGAGAAGUUGAAGAAGCCCAGCUGCUUCCGGGCAUUUAAUGGAGAAUAAUAUCUAUUUACUGCGAGUUUGGCCCCCCUGUGAGAAAGGCUGCUGGGCAUCUCCUCCCACAUUGUCUCCUUGCCAAGAUGGAAGAGAGCCUGGGAGGACGCAUUGUGGGGCAAUAAUUGGAAAAGGCGACCUAAAGGAUGGACUCUGAUCAGAAACUGUUUUCAUCCACAGGAAAGAUUUUGAGCUGUCAGAGGAUGCCCAUAGUUGGAAGGACCGUAACAGUUAAACACAGAUCAUGGAACCCUUUCCAUAGGAAAACUGACUGUAGAUAAACCAUACCUGUGAUUUUAGGCAUCCAUUGAGGGUCUUGGAGUGGAUCCCUGUUGCUAAGAGUAGACCCCUGUGUUGAUACACCUUUCUAAACCUUCCCUGUUUUUAUGCUAUUACCAUGAAUUACGAAUUUCAAAAGGAGGUGACUAUAUUGUUUUUGUGAGGCCUAAAUAUUUGGCUGUUUUUUGUGUCUCUAGUAAACCAUGCUUAAGACAAAAAUAUA